AUGUUAAUAGGGACGGAUUCACCUAUUGUACAUAUACCGCUAGAAGUGAAAUUCGGAAAUAGCGAUGAACCGUACGCGAUACGCACUCGGGCUAUACGUGGUCCAGUUCCAACUACGCAAGUAUCCAACGAUAUUAACAUAAAUUUCUUUGAGUCACGUGACAUGUUGUUACAGCAACAAAUAAAGCGUUUGUGGACAACUGACAUUAAUGAUAAAUCACAACAAGUGAAGAGUUGCAUGUCUGUAGAAGAUAAAAAUGCUAUGAAAUCCAUGGAGUCAACUUUAACUCGCGAGGAUGGUAAUUACAAGCUUGGUCUCCCUUGGCGUGAUAGAAAUUCGUCAUUCGUAAAUAAUAUACCGCUUGUUCAAGCCAGAUUACAGCAGUUGAAGCGAAAGUUGUCAAGUGACAAUAAUUUGCAUGACAUGUACAGAACUACUGUAAAUGAUUACAUUGCGAAUGGAUAUGCUUCGGAAGUGGAUCACAGGGUACCAGAAACAAAGCGGGUUUGGUAUUUGCCGCAUCACCCCGUGAGAAAUGUUAACAAGCCGGGAAAAGUACGUGUAGUGUUUGAUUGUGCUGCUAAAUACAAAGGAAUGUCGCUUAACAGUCAACUUUUGAAAGGACCUGAUUUAAUGAACAGUCUAGUCGGUGUACUUAUAAAGUUUAGACAGGAACGAAUAGCAUUUAUUGCAGAUAUUGAAGCAACGUUUCACCAAGUUUGUGUUAUCGAUGAAGAUCGUGAUGCUUUAAGGUUUCACUGGUGGCCUAAUGGAGAAUUGGACAAGAUUCCUAAGCAAUAUCGCAUGAAUGUCCAUUUAUUUGGUGCUACAUCUUCUCCGAGUUGUGCUGCGUAUGCACUUAAAAGAACAGCGAAAGAUUUCUCCCAUCUGUUUAAACCGGAAGUUGCGCUGACAGUGGAGAAGAAUUUUUACGUUGAUGACUGUCUUAAGUCUGUCCCAUCUGAGCAGGAAGCUAUUGAUUUGGCUAUGAAUUUAAAGAAAAUGUUGUCUUUGGGAGGAUUUCGCUUAACAAAAUGGCUCAGUAACAGUAGAAAUGUUUUAAAGACAAUACCGGAAUCAGAUCUUGCCAAAUCGGUUAUCAGCUUAACCCCUGGUGAAAAAUGUAAUGACAAAGCAUUGGGUAUAAUUUGGGACGUAAACAAUGAUACAAUUAAGUACAAGGUUGACUUAAAAGUAACCCUUCAACGAGGCGUGGGAUAUUAUCAACACUAA